UGCGCCUUCUCCUGUGGUUUUUUACACUGUAUCACAUGUUUUCUGGCAUGAUUUUUAAUUACGACUUUCGGUGUUCGAUUCGAAUUUCGCGUGUAAAUCGACGUUAUUGUGCGAUAAGAAGCGGUAACUAGAGAUGAAAUAAUCACCCCGACGUCGAAUUAUCGCCAUUCGGUUGUUAUUGUCGAGUUUGUUUAUUCCGCUGUGUGUGUAAAUGCUGCGAAGCAAUGAACGUGGCGUUACACUUCGCCGGUGUCAGCUGUUCGACGCCAUGUUUUUAUGAAUGACUCACGUAGUGAUAUUGAUUUUUACGUAAUUUUUUCCAAUUAUUAUCGAUCAUUUUAUUGUAAAUAAGUGAUCGAUUCGAGCUAACGAAAUACAACGAGUCGCGAUCGUGAGAAUGAUAUGUUUCGUCAGCUGAUCAGUGUAACGUAACCGUAGAUCAGAGUGUUUGAAGUUCGACUCUCGGAGUGCUGAUAAAAACGACUAUUUUCGUUGAUCCGAUUCAUAAAAAGAUGUCGAAUGAUUCAUUUGGAAAUUUUCAUCGUGUUUCGUAAUAUUCGUAAUCGAUUUUCGGUGAUUUCAACUCGAACCAAACGUCUGUCUAUGUAAAUAUAGAAAUUUCUCGAGUGUUUUUUUCUUCGGUUUCUACGAACAGAGUAGGAUAAAUUUAGGGCAUCUGGUCGAGGAAAUAAAUAAGUAGAGUACAGUACGUUUUGUGCUUUACUAGAAUGGUAAAUCCCAUAAACACUGGUAAUACUACUCGAUCAUGUACAACGUCUUCUAAACAUGAUGUCCAUGUACGUUUGAAUAGCGAAAAAGCCGAAUCUCCGGUUACGCCGAACAUAUCUCGUACGACGUCGACAUCUGUAGCAUCGGUCGUAUCGAACGCUGGAAAUACUCCUCCAUCGUUGGACGAGAAAAGGAUGCGACGCGAGAUCGCCAAUUCCAACGAACGACGGCGAAUGCAGUCCAUAAAUGCUGGAUUUCAAUCGUUACGUACGUUAUUGCCACACCAUGAAGGAGAGAAACUUAGCAAGGCUGCGAUUUUACAACAAACUGCCGAUUACAUUUAUCAGUUAGAACAAGAGAGAACGUCAUUAUUACAGCAGAAUUGCCAUCUGAAACGUAUUAUUAGCCAGCACGAGGGCGAACUCGCGUCCAGUAAUUCACCACCGUCGCCGGGCGGCGUCCCGUCGAAGAAACGUAAAACCACCGAUUCUUCGGACGAAGAAAUCGUAGUACCAUUAAUAGACGACCGCGAAGGUUUAAGAAUGCAACUAGACAGAGAACGAGCACUGCGUAUCCAUUUAGAAGAAAAAGUAGCGAGACUAGAAUCCUUAUAUCCAGUCGCCACUACAAUUACGACGACCGAAAAAUUACACGAAAAUCUAUCAGCAGCUGAACACAUAACGAUACAAUUCAAAGAAGAGCCGAAAGAAGAAACGAUUAUCCUGAGUUCGUCGAAAGGCGGCUCCGGCAUCGUGCAAUCUUUGGAAAACGGCCGACGAAUGGCAGCGGAAAUCCAACAACUGCAGCAGUCAUCGACGAACAUGGUGAACGUGGUAACCGAAACGAAACCGCAACGUGUAGCGGCUACGUCGGCCACCACGUCCGUAAUCUUGCAACCUGUUACUCACGAAGAAUCUCUGCUUCCGUCUGCUAUAAUAAACGGUCACCAAUACGCGGUUUCGCCGACCACCGCCGUCGUACCAGUCGUCGCCGGCAAACAAUUGAAACCUAAAGUGGAAGUAGAGAGGUUACCAUCGCCGACCUCGGUCUCCUUAACUACUACCAUAGCGGCUACUCGCCUCACCAACACCAGUACCACCAAUUCCUCGACGCGGCUCUUGUCGACCAAUACGUCACCGUCGCAUCAGGCUGAACAAAUGUCGCCGGUUUCGGCAUCCGCCGACGUAUUCACCAUACAAAGCCACUCGCGUCAAAAUCUCGAAGCUAUCGUCGAAGCGAUCCGACACCUGGAAGGCGACAGCGCGUUCGAUUCGGCAUCGACGCCUUCGUCGUCGUGCAGCUCGAGCAGUAGCAACAUCAGCAUGAGCAGCGAUAGCAGUUGUUGUAAUAACAGUACGUCUAUCCCAUCAACCACUACAGCCACCGGUACGACCGGACGAUCGCCUAUUGCAGCGUCAGCAGCGUCGAAUCAAGAAGCUCCUCUAGCGCUGACGAAGCGAACAGCGCCGCAGACCGUAUUACAGGUAGAUAUGAAUCAUAUGAAUUCGUUCGUUAGAUUCCAUCCUCGUCACCAUACGUCUGCGUCCGGUAACGGUACCGUAACGACGAACGAGCAACAGCAAAGGCCUGGCGUAAUCGUUGUCAAGCAACAGACUUGAAUAUGACGAGAAUCGUAUCGGUGUAUCGGUGUCUCGGUGUCGGGCCCAUCCUGACAUUGUGGAAAACUUCGGGCUGUUUUUUUUCUUUCUUUUCUUUCUUUUUUUUUCUCUCUCUCUCUCUUUCUCUCUAUCUCUUUAUUAUUAUCUUUGAUUAUAUUUUUUUCUUUUGUUUAACUUUUUUUCUUUGUUUUUAUAUUGUGCAGACUUUUUACGCCCUAUUUUACUAUUAUUUUUUUAAAAAUAUUUUUGAAUUUGAGAAAAAAAAAGACCUUUGCUCAUAAUUUAUUUUUUAUUUUACGUUUUUUUUUCAUCGUCGUUGUACGAGUUAAUAUUUUAAUAUUUUAAAUUUUGUUCUACGGUUUUUUUCUCCCCCUCUUUUUUUCUUUUUUUUUCGCAUUUUUACGUAGGUGUGUUGUUAUGAUUAAUAUAUUAUUCCUCUCUUUUUUUAAUAUUAUGAAAAUAAUUUCCUCGAUAUGUACGAUUAGAAGUCGUUUGAAUAUUAUUAAUGAAUUAAUGAUACACACGAUAGAUUAUUUUACUACGUUAUUAUAUUUUACGUAUAAUAUUACGAAAUAUUACUAUUAUUACUACUGCUACUACGUCAUACUUUUGGACUACGCUGUAUAAUAUUAUUAUUGUUGUCGUUGUUGUUGUUGUAGUCGGAUAAAAGCGAGAGAAUAGGGUGGUUAGUGGCUCAGCAUACUCAAAUUUGUAUUACGGAUAUUGUGUAUCGGUGUUGUACUUAUUUGCUCGAGGGUUCUCGCCAUCAUUGGCGUCGCCAGCUGGCCGAGUGCUGAGGUCCAUUAUUUGAAAAAUUUAAUUUAAAAAAAAAGAUGAAAAAAAAAAUUAUUUUAAAAUUGAAUUUCAAAAAUCAAUUGGGUGUUUUUUUGCGAAAAAAGUUAUUUCGAUAGUUUUUUUCCAUUCAAUUGCACGAGUGGAGGGGAGAGAAAAAAAGUGAUAGAAGAAAAAAAAGAAAGAAAAUAAAAAGAGAGUGUUACGUUUUGAAAAUUUGGUACUCUCUGGUGACGUUAGUGCCUCUCUCUUACUGCGAUUACAGUAUGAGAAUACGUUGAUUAAAAUCCGAAAAUAAUUUCGGAUAUCUCCGGUGAAACGUGAGAAAGGUCAACGAACCCUCGAGUAUCAAAGUACUGAGUUACCAUUUUAUCUAACUUUAGGGGAAAAAAUGAUGAAAAAAAAUUGAAAAAAAAAAUUAUGGAGAUUAGAUUACGCAGCAUGCAAAUGUAGAGUUUGUACGUGUUGGAUUAUGCGAGUAGAAUAAAAAUGGGUGUUUAUUUUGAAAUUUUUUAAAAUGGGAGAAAAAUUGUCUUGCAAUUUGCCAAGGCAACGCAACGUGGUUUUAGUAUAAUAAUAACUAGGUAGGUUUAUGUGUAGUUUCGCGAAGAUAGUAAGUGGGGGGAGGGGUUACACGAGCGUGAACCGGGGGCUAAGUAGUGAGAUAAUUAUAAAAUGACGCGUCAAUAAGUAACGAAAAAAAAAAAGGAAAUGAAGAUGGCGAACGGAGGAGUUUCAGAGGUGGAAAAGAUAAUAAGAGAAAAUUUUUCGUCAACAUUCAUCAUGUUUGUAGUUUCCUUAGUGACGGGUAUCGAUUUUUUCUUUCUUUUUUUUUCGUUACUUUUUGAACAUUAUAUUGUUUGCUUUUCUUAUUAGCUAAUGAAUUUUCAAGGCGUUUAUUGCUAUGUUUUUCGUGUCUGGUGCUUGAUAUGGUUUUUUUUUUUUGAAAAAAAAAGGUUUUUGUUUUCUUUUGUAGGUUAUAAUAUGAAAAGAGUUUCGUUGAGUUUACGUGUAGGGAAAUUUUUUGAAUUGUUGAUCGUGUGUUUUUUGAUAUUUUUUAGGGUAUGGAUGGCGGUGGUUGUGCUGGGUUCGAGACAUGGUGAUUAGAAGUUUGGCGAAAUGUAGACGAGAUGAAGAGGAGGAGGGACGAAGGGGUAGAAUUGGACAUGUCGAGGGUCUUGGGGUAUUUUGUGUGAUUUCCACGAGACCUUCGAGGUGUUUAAUUCGUGUUUGAAUUUUUUUUUCGUCUGUUUCAAAAAUAAUGGGGUUUGGAAUUGGGAUUUUAUUUCGAUAAAAAUAAUAUAUUUUAGUGUAUUAUUGUUCUGUUUUGGCCAGGUUUGAUUUUCUAAUUCUUUAUAGAAAGAGUAGGUAAUUCGAAUCAGAUUUGAAAGGUCGGGGUAGAAAGAUAAUACAGGAAAGAGGUGGAAUUGGAUUCGACGAAUUUUUUUGAAAUUCGUGUACAUUUUUCGAAGAUUUUCGUUGUAUUUAAUUCAGAUUUAAUAUUUUUUCGAGGUAGAGGGAGAUUUCGAUCUGAUAGAUGAAAAAAAAAGUGGGGAAAAGAGAGGAAUUGCGAUAUGCCCAUGUCUAACAGUCCUGUUUUUUUGCCAAAAUUGUGAAAAAGUCCUCUCCUUUUUCCCAUUUUAUUGAUAAACUUUGGAAUUUUCCAUUCUAUUCUUUUUUUAAAAUUUUGAUUUUAAUGAAUUUUGACUCGAACUCUCCUCUUCCUCUUCCCAAUUGAAACAUUUGAGAAAAUUUCUUCCAAAAAAUCUGUUUCUUUGACAAUUAUGUCCAAAUUGUGCUUUUUUCCAUUUUCUAGAUCAAACUUUGAAAUUUUCCAUUAAUUGUGUUCUUCCACCAAAAUUUCAAUUUUUUUGAAAAUGAAAAAAUUUCAAUUUUUUGAAAAUAGAAAAAAUUUGAUUUUUUUGAAAAUGAAAAAUUUUUAAUUGUUUGAAAAUAGAAAAAAUUUGAUUUUUUUGAAAAUGAAAAAAUUUUGAUUUUUUUGAAAAAUAAUAAAAAAAUGUGGAUUUUUUGAAAAUUGAAAAAUUUUGAUUUUUCAUCCCCUCCUCUCAAAAAAGUGUAACAUUUGGAAAAACUUCCCCUUGAAGUCUUGCUUUUUCAUGUUUUCCUGUCUAUUAGACACAUUGAAUUGGAUUCGACGAAUAUUUUUGAAAUCAUUUUGCAAUUUUCAAAGAUACUCGGCGUAUUUAAUUCCAAUUUGAGAUUUAAGAAGGUUGUAGCUCUUGAAUGGGGGCUAAAUUUCUAUAUUUUUAGUGCAAUUUUGGGUUCUGGAUUUUUUUUGUUUUCGUUGAAAAGGGCUAAAAAUGAAAAAUUCCAUUUAGUGAAAAUUUUCUUAAUUCAUUAAUAUUUCUCCAAAACUUGAAUUUUUUACGCAUCUCGAUCAAAUAAAUCAAAUCAGUCCAACUUUCAAAUCGUGAAAAAUGUCUCCUUCCCUUCACACUCUCCUUUCGAAGAUUGUCGAACCGUCAUGUUAAAUGGUCUACGAAGCUUCGGCACGUACGUAGUAAGUUGAUUUGGACCGAAAUUCACAAUGUUGGUUUAUAAGCUUGUAAUUAUUAUAGAUGAAUACUCAUUUAGCUUUGUUUAGGCUUCUAGAUUGGUUUUUCUUUUCUAAGGUUUUAAAAAAUGUAUCCGAGAUACGAAAAUGUUUGUUGAAAUUUAUGCAAUUUACCUAAUACACCUUAACAUAGUAGAAAGAAGAGAGAUGGGUUUAAAAUAAAAGGAAAAAAACGAAUCUAAGAAUGAUGAGGUAAAUGGGAUCGGAUUUUCUCGUUUUUUUUCUUCUUCCAACAAAGUGUGGAAAUCACGACGCGUAUUUUUUUCUUCUUUAAUCAUUAGUAUUUUGUUGACGAAAUUUGUGUUCAGUAUCAGGAGUGAGGAAUAAUUUAAUGAAAUUACUAAUGAUCGCAUGAUUUUGACUGAUAUAAUAUAUAUUUAUAUGUAUGUUAAUCUGUUACUACGUAUUUUUGGUAUAUUUAUUCUACUAUUAUUAUUCAAUUAUUCAUCAUCAUUUUAAGGAAUUACUUAUCAUUGUAUAUCGGUUAAUAUGUUACUUGUUUCUUUCUUUCUUUCCUUCUUUUUCUAUUUAUUUAUAUCGUUUAUAUGAAUAAUCAUCAUCAUCAAUUCAGUUUCUUUUUUUUUUAUAAUUGACGAAAUUCGAUACAAUAAUAAUGAAAUUUUUUUUGACUUUGCGAGAAAAGGGUAAAAUUAAUAAAGGGGGAGGGUAAGGGGUAAUAAAGUUGAACGCAAAUCGCGAAUAAUAAGAAAGGCAUUGAUUAAUGAUUAUAUAUUGGAAAAAUGAAUUUAUAAAUUUAUAAUUACAUAAGUCGUUAGGUUUUAAGGUUAUUAUUUUUUUUUUUCAUUUAAUUUGUACGAAAGAUCUCGAAAAAAUUUUUCAACUGUUGUACUUGAGAUUGUUUGAAAUAAUUGUUUUAUUUAUUUAUUUAUUUAUUUAUUUAUUAUGAUUUUUAAUGUUGUGUAUAAAAAUUAUUUAUUUAGAGGAAUUAAUUACUAUCUACGUGUAUGUUACUUUUUCUUUUUCUUUUUUAUUAUUUUUGUUUUGUCAGAGCGCAUUUUACAUCUGAAUUUAUUAAGUUGCCAAGUAAAAGAGGUAUACGAUUGAUCGAUGUUGAUUAAGUUAUUAUUGUUACGAUUAUUUCUAUAUAUUUUACUACUUACCUUUUGUUUAUUAUUUACGCAGUGUUACUGUUGUACUAUAAAACUUGAUUAAUUUUUAAGGAAAAAAUUAUAAAUUUUUUUAAUUCCUUUAUUAUCCAUUAAGUAGAAACUUAAACAUCUGUGGCAUUUAAAAUGAUUUUUUUUUUCUAUUAUAACAACAGUUAUAAUGUUGUUAGCAUUUAACGAUUAAAGAAUUUUUUAUGAUAA